AUGCCUGUCACGGGAGGAUGCGCGUGUGACGCUGUUAGGUAUACAGCGGAAAUCGACUCUGGAACCAAGACUGUCUGCCACUGUCUCAACUGCCAGAAGCGCACCGCUAGUGCCUUCAGUGUUAACGUAAUUAUUCCUCGCAAAUUCUUUAAGAUUACUCAGGGAACUACCAAGUAUCACACUUACGUUGCCGAUUCGAAGCAGCUAUACCACACUCACUUCUGUGGUAACUGCGGUUCCGCUCUCUAUGGUGAACCAGAGGCGUUCCCUGACACGGUUUCCAUUAAGGCCGGAAGUUUAGACGAGACCUUUACAAAUUUGGGUAUAAUCGAUGCCGAGGCUUUUACUGUGAGGCGCAAGGACUAUCUCAAGCCGCUGGAAGGAGUCAAGCAGGUGGAAGGGAUGAUUUCGCCGUAG